UCCCUCUUUCUUCGGAAGAAAAUACAAAGCAACCGCUACGAUUGUCUGCUCGUCCUUAUUUUUAGAUUUUUAGUUUGUUAUCGCAAUUGUUUUCAAAUCUUGAGGCGUCUACCGUAACCUGCAUUCUAGCAGCUUCACGUCGAGCUCUCAGAAGUUAAGAUAUUUUAACGAGAAGACAGUGAAAUAUUAGUUUUAUUUGACAACGAAUGACUCUUACAGUUUUUCUUGUAAGAUACAUUGCAGAUUCCGGUAAGAAUUAUCUAGCGUGAUUCUAUUGGUGUAUCAGAGGAAAAUAAUGGAACGCAGUGAGGAGGAAUGGUCGAUUGAUUGUUCAGAUGACGAGAAAUACGAAACAGAUGGGAAGAACGAAUGGAGUCUGAAGCCUGACGAUAUAUUAACGCUGAUCGAGGCUUUGGAAGCGAAUAAUAGAGUGCUAGACCUAGAGUGGAAAUGUCCUGGCAGAAGAGGUCCAUCCCCUAUUCUCUCGAACAAUCGCCAACAGGACAGCGGCUCACAAGAGUACAAGACAGAAGAAAAGUCAGAUUUUGAUUUUAUGGACGAGAUGUCCUCGCCGAGACUGCCAGUGAGAAGAAUAGGUGAGAGCACUCCAAAAGGAAGCGCAAAGAAAAAAACAGCCAGCUUCAAUGGGGUGCUCUCCACCAUGCUAAGGCAUCGUAGAUUGGAACAGCAAGAAAUUAAUUUAAGUCCUAAAAAGACUGAGUCUCCCGCUGUGCCAAAGACUUAACAAUUUUAAUUCCCCAUUCGUACAAUAGAUGAAAGAAUGGAACCGGAAUUGAAUAAAGAAACAAGCGAUGGGCAUAGGAUAAUUUAGAAUGACUACUCGUUUGCGGACGUGUCGUCGGAUCCCUUAGCCCAUUCUGGAAAAUCGUAGGCACCAUAGAUCCAGCUGCCCCAAGUAAGGAAACAAAUACUUUG